AACGUGUAUCCCUCCUGCCUUCUAAGUGAUCAUUGAUCGGAUGUUACUGGACCAGGCAGAGGUGCCAUGUAUCUCAAAGCUGUGACCCUUUCAGUUCUGGUGAAGCAGAUCAAUAGAUCAAAUUCUCCCAGAGAUGAGUGUUAUAGCAUUCAUCAGAGACUGUCUAUUGGUGUGACCCUAGUUCAGCCCGAUUAUAACUCUAACCAACCUAACGCUUGACAUGGCCUACUUUAAAUUAAGCAGGAUCAGAGUUGACAUAUUAUUGCUGUUGUAGGACUAAGUUUGAAUCAGUUUUCUGCCCUUGAACUGUUUGUCAUUUUUGCACAUGAAGUUCAACGUCUUUCAACAGUCUAUGUGAGAUUGAGACAACAUCACCGGAAAACAUAAUGUGAUACUUUAUUGAUCCCUGCAAGGAAAAUUCUCUCUUCCCCUGACCUCUCCGCACCGAGGUCAGACAGCCCCGGAGCUGGUAGGGAUUCAGCAUCUUGCUCAAGGGCACAUCAGCAGAAGCUUGCUGACAUGAGGGCUUGAACUCUCACCCUCUGGCUGCAGGAUGAUCCUCUGACUCACUUGGCCUGGCCGCUGCAGCGAUAGCAUCUAAUAGUUGUCUGUUUAAUGCCAGGCGCGGACACUAAGAUCCUGAGAAACUGCGGGAAACUGAAAGUGAAGACGACUCAAACGGAAAAAGUUUUCAACAGAGUGGUGAUCGGGAUAGUCCUGUCCUUGCUGCUAGCAGCUCUGCUUCUUGCCAUCGGCAGUGGCGUGUUUUCGAGUCGGGUCAUGAGCCAGACAGGGGUUCUGUCUGCUCUGGUGGUUAACGGCAAUCCAGUCUACAACGCAUUCCUCAUCUACUGGAGCUACAUCAUCCUUCUCAGUCCAGCUAUGCCCAUAGCACUCUAUAUCUCGUUUGAGGUGAUCCACACGGUCCACAGCCUGUUUAUUGGCUGGGAUUUGGAGAUGUAUUGGCAGCCUGCAGACAGACCGGCCCAGACCAGGAAUACCUCACUGAGUGAGGAGCUCGGCCAAGUGGGGUACCUGCUGAGUGACAAAACUGGGACACUAACCCAGAAUCGUCUUCUCUUCAGACAGUGCUGCAUAGCUGGGGAGAUCUAUGGUGAUGCAUCAGUCAGGGCAGAGGACAUUGAGCCCAUGGAGUUAAGCUGGAAUCCGUUCUCCUGCGGUGGUUUGUUCAUCUCAGCUCCCAGCCUUGUGGAGAGACUUCGAGGACAGCAGUGUCCACUCAGCAGACAGUUCCUCACUGCGCUGGCUUUAUGUCAUACUGUCAUGGCAGAGUGGAAGGAAGAGAUGCCGGUCUACCAAGCGGCAUCCCCAGAUGAGGAGACUCUUGUUGGUGCAGCCAGGGAACUUGGCUGGGUCUUUCUUUCCAGGACGAGGGAUUUUAUCGUUGUCUCCGAGCUUGGUGUCACUCGCCAGUAUCAGCUGCUGGCUGUGCUAGACUUCACCAGCCAGAGAAGGCGCAUGUCUGUACUGGUGCGGGAGCCAGAGGGUGGGUUAAAACUGUACUGUAAAGGGGCGGAUAUAGUGAUCCUGGACAGACUGCAGAAGGACUGUCCAUAUCAGGAAAGAACUGAAAGAGCCCUGGAGUUGUUUGCUGAGGCCUGUCUGAGGACACUGUGUGUUGCCGUUCGAUCUGUUCCUGAGGCAUCAUGGGAGCAGUGGAGUAAAACUCUUGCAGAGUCUGCUGCCAUGGUGAUCUGUGACCGUGACGCACUGCUGGAAAAGCUAUAUGAUCAAAUGGAGAGAGACCUGCAGCUUCUGGGGGUGACAGCGAUAGAGGAUCGGCUACAGGAGGGCGUUCCAGAGACUAUUGCUCUUCUUCAAGAAGCUGGCCUCAAAGUGUGGGUACUGACUGGAGACAAAAAAGAGACUGCAGUUAAUAUUGGAUAUUCUUGCAAACUACUGGAUCCCGAUACAAGAUUACUGGGAUGGCAGGAGCUGAGACAGAUACUCCAGUCCCCAGACCCACAGGUCAGUUUCUUCAAGGCCAGUCAGACAGAGCUGUGGGCUGUAGACAAGGAGAUGGCUGGCGCAAAGACUUCUGUGGUCCUCACUGGACCUGAGCUGGCAGAGUUUGACCAGAGACCAGAGUGGGGAGCCGCAUUCAUGCGCCUGGCAGAAGAGUGUCAGUCGGUGCUAUGCUGCCGUGUAACACCUGCACAGAAGUCUGAAAUUGUCAAGCUGGUCAGGAAACACACCAGCUCGGUCACUAUGUCCAUCGGUGACGGCGCCAAUGAUGUAAACAUGAUCAAGACGGCUCAUGUUGGCGUGGGAAUCGCAGGAGUGGAGGGAGGUCAGGCGGUGCAGAAUGCAGACUUUGCAUUGUCCCAAUUCAGGUUUCUGCAGAGGCUGCUUCUAGUCCACGGCCGCUGGUCCUAUCGCCGCAUUUCCCUCUUCCUCCGUUAUUUUCUGUUUAAGACCUGCAGUUUCGCACUUGUGCAUAUAUGGUUUGGUAUCUUCAACGGCUUCAGCGCUCAGUCUCUGUAUGAGUCAUGGUUCAUCGCGUUCUACACUGUCUUCUACACAGCGUUCCCAACUAUGUGCUUGGCCAUUUUUGAACAGGACGUGAGUGCAGAAAGCAGUCUGAAGUUUCCCGAGCUGUACAAGUUUGGACAGAGACAGGAGCUCUCCAGCCCAUUGAUGUUGUCAUUGACGCUUCUGUAUGCUGUUUACGCAUCACUUGUUCUUUUCUUCAUCCCGUUUGGAGUUUUCUACGACACAGCCGUUGACUUCCAGACCAUGGCAGUCACUGUCGCCAUGGCAGCCACGUUUACUGCCACAAUUGAGAUUGUGCUGCUGACCAGACACUGGACGAAGUUCAAUAUAGCAGCUGUGUGUGUCUCCGUGCUGCUGUUUUUCAUCUGUACGAGUAUCUGCCACAGCACUCGCCUUUUUCAGAAUUCACCCAGCGACUAUAUCUUUCUCGGAGUGUCUAAUAAAGCCUUCAUUGAUCCAGUUGUGUGGCUCACAGCUCUGCUCACUGCCUGGACAGCAGUUUUACCCUCAAUGACUGCUCACGCUCUCAGUGUGAUGGUUACCGCCCAUGACAAACACAAGGUCCACAGCAUAACCCGUCAGCCGGUGGAACUGAGGUCACAGUUCAAAAGAGGGACGUCUCGGCGCCGUUCAUCUUACGCCGUCUCUCAGGGCGCCGGGCAUGGACGCAUCAUCACCACAGGGACCAGCAUCCACAACGCAUUCCUGCCUGGGCAUUAAGAGAAGGUGACUGGAAGUAGCACUGAUUUACCAGGCCAGUAAUGAUGCCCUCAUGGUGCAUGAAUACUGACUAAUUAUUGCUAUUUUUAUUAUACUGGAAAAUAAGGGAUCAUAUUGAUUGUGAUUGCAAUGUAGAAUUAGGCAGUUAAUCAUUAUAGUUGUGUAUUUUAAAAAUGUUUUUGGGUUAAUUCUUAUUGUAGCCAUCGUGCUACUAUGUGGCUAGUUUCCAAUAAAGUAAACUAUAUAAUACACAAAGUAUGUUGUGCACCCUGAAUCU